ACGAAACCGACUAAUAAUGAAUGUGAUGUGUUUUAUAUUUAAUUAGAUAGGGUUUAUAUUAUUAGAAUUAAAAAUGUCAUAUCCAAAGCCCCUUUUACAAGUUUUAUCUAUUAAAGAACAAAAAUACGCGUCUAACUUAAGUAUCGAGGUUUGUGAAAGAAUUGCUAAGUUAGCGAAUCUAAAGAUUGAAUUUAAAGGUCCCAAGAGACCUGGAGAACAACUGCUCAAAUUACUAGACCGUAGAGGAUAUACAUUUGAACAAUACACAAAUUAUGUGAACUUAGUCAACAGGUUAACUUGCUAUAGCCCUCAAUCAAAAGUGGCAAUACUUAUAGCUAACGACAAGUAUGAGCAUUUGUCCAAAUUGGUAACCCCCUCUAUAGAUUGCGAGUCGCUGGGACAAAUUUUAAGAAAAUUAGGCUUUAUUACUAUCACAGUGAAAAAUACCAAAAGUGGCGAGUUUAAGGAUAUUUUAAUUAAAACUAUAGGAUUAAUACCUGAAAACUCUUAUUGUGUUUUAUUCUAUGCUGGACAUGGCUGUGAGCUCAUCAACACAAAAUGCAUACUAAGCACUAAUUGUCCCGCUGAUAACAUUGAGUUUGAUCACUGUGUUACUGAGAACUGGCUACUGAGAGAAUCUGCUAAAUGCAAACCAGAACUAUGUGUACUCAUUAUGGAUAUGUGCAGAAAUAAUUUAGACAGGCAUGCAAAUCCACAAAUCUUUGCAGCCAUUUCCAACAUAGAAGAGUACACAAUACACAGUAACCUAUUAGUCAGUUAUUCAACACAAUCAUCCAGUGCUGCGUAUGAGUGUGUUCUGAUAGAGAACGAUGAAACUAUUGGGCUGACGUCACUUUCACUGGCAACUGAAGAUGUGGUGCAUGGUGGAGCCAGUCUAUAUGUGGACGCCCUGUGCAGCAGGUUGACUGAAUAUGUUGAUAUAAGCACCAUGUUGGAUAAGGUUCAUGGAGAUGUGGAGAAUUCAAUAAAGAACCAGAGACCUAUCAAGGUGCAGUGUGGGAUUUCCAAAAGAUUUUUACAUGAUCCAGUGAAGGGUGAUACAAAAGAACUUUUAUUGUUAAUUAGGGAGGCUUUACAACAAUAUAAUAGUUUGGAGACUGCUGUCUUCAGAGUUGAGAUGGCGUCCUUCUCCACGAGCCCUUCCAGUGUUUUGAAAUCACUUCUUUGGAGACAAUCUGAAACAACCUAACAUAAAAUGUUAAC